AAUUGGCUCCUUCAACAACAACAGCUAGUCAGACACCUCGGUAGCUUUCUAGCAAACAUAGCUACAACAUUCACACUCUUUACACUGUUUUGGUGUAUAUUAGUCGCUGUGUAUUAAACACACUUCAGUCGUAUGUACUUGUUGGCCCAUUUAAUUAUAUAUUGACGUUGUUUGUCAGCUAGCUGGUUUAGAACUAGGCUAGUCUCAAAUGCUAGCUAGCUAACAUCCCCGACCAUGAGUUCACUAAGCUACUCUCCUGUUAAAGAGGAGGUCUGCUGGACGGAGAAAGAAGCUCUUGUGAAAGAGGAGGAUGUUACAAUACGAAAACAAGUAGAGGGUGAGGCUGUUACCGUGAAAGAAGAAGAGAAAGACGCGUUCAGUGUGAAAGAAGAGGAGGAUGUUACAGUAAAAGAAGAGGAGGAUGUAGUCUUUGGAGUGAAAGAGGAGGAGGGGAGAUGACUGUCACAUUGGAGGAAGAGGAGGUUGGAGAUCUGUUUAACACCAGAGAGAGACGGGACUAUCUUGGGUCCUCUGGGGAGCCUCAACAACCUCAUGAUGCUGAAGAGGCAGAGAAGAGUCUCUCCAGAUCAGAACAUCUCAAGAAACACCCGCAGAGACCCAUAUGGAAGAGAACUCACUGCUGCUCUGACUGUGAAGAGGAGGUCUGCUGGAUGGAGAAAGAAGCUCUGGGGCUGAACAUUGUCGUGAAAGAGAAGAAGGAAGAAGAGAAAGACGAUUUUGGAAUGAAGGAUGAAGAGGGGGAGAUUACUGUCACAUUAGAGGAGGACGAAGAAGAGAAGACUGGAGAUCUGAUUAACACCAGUAAUUACAGAGAGAGACGGGAGACGCGGGAGCUUCAACUACCUCAUGAUGCUGACAAGGCAGAGAAGAGUCUCUCCAGAUCAGAACACCUCAAGAAACAUCAGCGGAGACCCACAGGGAAGAAAUCUCAACGCUGCUCUGACUGUGGGAAAGCUUUUAAAUCUUCAUCAGAACUUAAAAUACACCAACGAGUACACACAAGAGCGAAAUCUUACCACUGUUUUGAUUGUGGGAAGAGCUACUUAAGAUCAAAUUCACUAAAAGUACACAUGAGAAUUCACACAGGAGAGAAACCGUUUAUCUGUGAUCAAUGUGGGAAGAGUUUUUCUACAUCAAGCCAUUGGAUUGUACACCAGAGAACACACACAGGAGAGAAACCUUAUAGCUGUACUCAAUGUGGGAAGAGUUUUACUCAGUCAAGCAACCUGUUAUCACACCAGAGAAAACACACAGGAGAGAAAUCUUAUAGUUGUAAUCAAUGUGGGAAGAGUUUUACUCAGUCAAGCAUCCUGGUAUCACAUGAGAGAAUACACACAGGAGAGAAACCGUAUAGCUGUGAUCAAUGUGGGAAGAGUUUUACUACAUCAAGCCAUCUGACUGUCCACCGGAGAACACACACAGGAGAGAAACCUUAUAGCUGUACUCAAUGUGGGAUUAGUUUUACUCACUCAAGCAGCAUGUUAUCACACCAGAGAAAACACACAGGAGAGAAAUCUUAUAGCUGUAAUCAAUGUGGGAAGAGUUUUGUUACAUCUAGCCAUCUGACUAUACACCAGAGAACACACACAGGAGAGAAACCUCAUAGCUGUGAUCAAUGUGACAAGAGAUACUCUGAUAAAAGAUCUCUGAUCAAUCAUCAGAAAAUACAUACAUGAAGGAGUUGUUUCAUGAUAUCAAUGAAAUAAAAUCUCACAGUGUAGAAUGUUUAAACAUUGUAGUAGGAGUAUUUGAAUAAUGGAGAACCCUAAUUGUUUGCCUCCUGUUCUAUUGAUUUCAGCAUGAUAUGGGUAUUAGCCUCAUCAGUGGAAAUUGUUUUGUACUUUGCUGCAUUCAUCUUUCCCUUAAUCUUGAUCAGUCUGCCAGUCCCUGCCAUUGAAAAAUAUCCCCACUGCAUGAUGCUGCCAACACCAUGCUUCACCGCAGGGAUUGGGCCUGGUUUCCUCCAGACGUGACGCUUGGCAUUCAGGCCAAGAGUUCAAUCUUGGUUUCAUCAGACCAGAGAAUCUUGUUUCUCAUAGUCUGAGAGGCCUUUUGGCAAACUCCAAGUGGGCUGUCAUGUGACUUUUAUUGAGGAGUGGCUUCCGUCUAGCCACUCUAUCGUAAAGGUCUGAUUGGUGGAGUGCUGUGUAGAUGGUAGUCCUUCUGGAAGGUUCUCCCAUCUCCACAGAGGAACCUCUGGAGCUCUGUCAGAGUGACCAGUGGGUUCUUGGUCACCUCCCUGACCAAGGCCCUUCUCCCCUGAUUGUUCUGUUUGAAAUGGAUGCCAGCUCUAGGAAGAGUCUUGGUGGUUUCAACUGUCUUACAUUUUAGAAUGAUGGAGGCCACUGUGUUCUUAGGGACCUUCAAUACUGCAGAAAUGUUUUGGUACCCUUCCUCAGAUCUGUGCUUUGACACAAUCCUUUCUCGAAGCUCUACGGACAAUUCCUUCGACCGCAUGGCUUGGUUUUUUUCUCUGACAUGAAUUUAUGGCAGGUGGGCUCCAAUGAAGUUGUAGAAACAUCUCAAGGAUGAUUAAUGGAAACAGGAUGCACCUGAGCUCAAUUUUGAGUCUCAUAGCAAAGGGUCUAAAUAAGGUAUUUCUGUUUUUCACUUUGUCAUUAUCGGGUAUUGUGAUGUCAUUAUGGGGUAUUGUGUGUAGGUUGAUGAGGAAAAUAUUAUUUAAUCCAUUUUAGAAUAAGGCUGUAACGUAACAAAAUGUGGAAAAAGUCAAGGGGUCUGAAUACUUUGUGAAUGUUCUGAAUAUGCUGUUGGUUUACUGUUAGAAUAAGUUGUAUGACUACACCAAUACUGUUAAAGCAAUGAUGCAGAGACCUAGAAAAUACAUGGCCAACCUUGCUGUUAGAGAUCUAGCUACUGGGUGUGCAGGUUUCUGUUCCAGCCCUGCACUAACAGCUGACAUUGUGCUGAUUAUUUGGAUUAGACACUAUUCAACUAUUCAAUCAUGUCUUGUUUUGGAGUCAGAUGGAUGUCUAUACCCACUGCCCAUUUCCACAGGUGUUCUUUAUGAUAGGAAAUAAAGGGCUGAUUCACAGAAUGAA